AUGCCCCUUGUCUACAAGGUCUCGCCUUCACAGCUGGACAGCAGGCCUAUAGAGUCCCCGUCACUGGCCACCCUGUGUGUCGCACAAUCUAUCCUGCUCCGAUAUGCUACGGUAGUAAAGGCGGCCUUCGCGGUCAGCUUCACUUUGCCAUUACUCUACUUGGCAUUGUGCCAGCUUCAACCGACCCGUAGUGCCGAUGAAUUUCCUCGGCUCACGAAGAAUUACGUUGGUGCGCUCUGCGCUGGGCCCUUCAUAUGGGCUCUCCCGGUGUUGAUCACUCCAAUCGGGCCUAUUGUGAACGGUACACCCACUGAUGUCGAGUUCAACAUCACAUCAUGCUACUUCGAAGACCCGGCUUUUGCGAUCGUUUCCUUGGUCUUCACCCUCGUGCCGCUCGCGGUAGCCGUCACGCUUACGGUGCUGAUCGGUGUCGUCAUCUGGCGGAACUCGCAGACUAUGCUAGAGCGCUCAGGCUGGCAUUUCAUCAAGACUUCCCGCUUUAUUCGCUUCACCGCCCUCGUCUUGGUGACCAUAGUGUCUAUGGCGUUGUAUACUGUCGUUCUCACGCGGUGGAUGUUGAAUCAUCGCCGAUGGAAUGGGGAACAUCAAAUGUGGACGCGGGAUAAGUUGUGGCUCUUCGCUGGUCGGACAAGCGUCAUAUGGGAAGCGGUCACUCCUCUCAUCUUUUUUGUGAUUUUCGCGGCACAAGAGGAGAUAUACGAGACCUGGUUGGAACUGGCCUUCAAGUGGCUGGACAACAUGUAUUCGCUCGCCCACUAG